GAGAAGCGAUUUUUAGCUGCCCCGACUUGUUUAUCCAAAAACCGGUCCAUCGCUGCAAGUCAACCACCGAUUGUUGAGUUUCAGUCUCCGCCAUGUGUAACGGCCACCACCGAUCUUUGUUCAGAGGUAGCAUUUCUCCUAACCAGACCUCCGUACCGGAAAACGGCGGCGACGCUUCCGUUGUGGACAAUCUACGGGGUCGAUUAGCGGAAACAGAGUCGCGGCUGGCUCAAGUUAGGGCUCGAGAGGCGGCGCUCAGCCGACUCUUGGAGGAAAUGAAACGAUUAGUUUCUGUGAUGGAGAUCCUGGAGAACUACCUGAAACGGCGGUACAGCGACCGCCAAGAAUAUGUGGUUCGUCUCCUCGCCCCUGUAUCUCGAAAAUAGAAAUUCCUCUUCUUCAUCGCUGUCUGUAAUAUUAGCGGUACCAACCAAAAACUCGUUUUGGUUACAUGCUUCGUCGUUCUUCUUAUUCACAAUUCUUGUUGACUAUAUUCUCCACCAAAUCUAUGGAUUUAUUUAUUCGCUCUUGA